AUGAGGAAUAUGACUCAAUUUAAAAUAAUAAAGAUAGCUGUAAUAACAGUUUUAUUAUUAAAUGUUAAGUUAAUUAGAGCAAUAAGCACGGAGCUGCCACAGGACGUUCAAGAUAUACACGAGAGUGACUUCAGUAGAUAUUUGUCGAACGCUAAGAGGACUCCAGUAGUAUUACACUACCCUCAGCUGUUCAUAUUCUCGUCCACGGCAAUAAAUGAUUUCAGAACAGUAGCAUCGCUGCUGUCAGAAGACCCUAAGUGCGAGUUCGUGACAGUGGAGUCGGCGACGUUUUUCAACGGAGACAUCAGCUCACUGGAGCCAGUGGUGAGUUACGUGACAGAAGGAGAAACGAAAAAGUACGAUGGACCAAUCAACACAGCAUAUAUCUUGAGCUGGCUGACGAGCGAAAACGUGUGUGAAAUGAAAGUGAAGGACAUAGACAACUACAAAGCGUUCCAAAAAGCGUUGCCGGACGGACACAUACAAGCGUACGUGCUAUUCGGAGAAAACCAGUACGACCCAAAAGUAGUGGAUAAAGUAAAAAAGUUCGUAGUAGACGAAGAUCUGGCAAUACCAGUGUUGUACAUACCAGACCACAUGGUGUCACUGAAAGUGUAUAAACUGCUUAACAACGGAUACCCGACGCCGAAGAUGCCAAACGUAGUGGUGUACAGAAACAUGAACCUGCUGCCGAAGUCAGCGUCGUACAACAAGGAAGUAAACAACGAAAAGUGGCUUAACCAGUUUUUGAGCGAGGAACUGAUACCGCCAGUGCACUCAACGAACUCGUACAUGCUGCCGAAGUUCCUGACGAUGAAGAAGACAAUCGUGUACAUAUUCACGAAGGACAAGGACCUGAGAAGGUACCUGAGCGACGAGUGGCUGAAGACAGUGCCGAAGAGACACUCGGAAAAGCUGGUCUUCCUGCACUCGAAGGGCUCAGAAUUGGUGGAAACAAAAAUGAAUACAAUACUGGCAAUAGACUCGGAGUACGAGCAGACAGUAGUGAGAGCGUUCGUAAUUAACCUGGACACGCUGGAGUUCUAUAAAUUUAAGCCGCUGUCGCUGGAGGACGGAGAAUUGAACGAAAAGGGACUUGAGAAGUUCAUAAACGACCUGGAGAUCAAUAAGCUCAGCCACUACGUGAAGAGCGAACUGCCAAUACCGGAGAGCAUAGACACAGGACCGGUGAAGACAAUAGUGGGAGAGGACUUCCACAAGAGAGUAAUAGAAUCCAAGGACGACAUACUGGUCCUGUUCCUAUCGUCCUGGUGCGGCCACUGCCACAAAGCGAAGAGACUUUUUAGAGACAUCGGAAGAAGGCUGAAGGGAACACGCGGUCCAGUCCUGGCGACGUUCGAUGCAUACAACAACGAAGUCGAGGACAUGGAAAUAACACAAUUUCCAACAAUUGUACUCUUCCCAAGCGGCCACAAGGGAGAACCAAUUUUUUAUACCGGAGGAGACACCGUCGAAGAAAUAUCGGUAUUUCUAGAGGAAAACUGCAAGUAUAACAGAGUAAACGCCGAAAACAUCCUGCAGAAACACGUGUCAAAGGAGCGAAUCUUCGAGUUUCAUACCGAAUUAUAA